CUCUCACUUCUUUUUGUUUUUUCUUUGACCAUUUCUAUCUUUUUUUUUUGACUCUUGUAAAGCUUGUUUUAAUGUUGAAUUGUUUUUUUUUUCUUGUACAACGGCUCCCCUGCUGGCUCAAAUACGAUAAACUCUUGUCCCACCCGGUGGUCUAUUCUCCUUUUCUCUACUUGAGAAGUGUUUUAAGACUCCUCCUUCCAAUGAAAAGCUUCGUUUUUAGUAGUGACUGUUAUUUAUUGAAAAUUCCUCUUCUGAUAUUGUUUUGAGGUAUGUCAAUUAAAGGGUGGGCAAAUCAAUCAACCAACUUGUCCUUUUUUUUUUGUUCUAUAACUACACGAUGCAGACAGCUUCCAAGAUCUUUGUCAUUUCGGGUCCUUCUGGUUCUGGCAAGUCCACUUUAUUGAAACGCCUCUUUAGCGAAUACCCCAAUACUUUUGGUUUUAGUGUUUCUCAUACCACUCGUAAGCCUCGCCCUGGAGAAUUAAAUGGUAAGGACUAUCAUUUCGUUGAAAAGGAAGAUAUGAUCAAGGAAGUUGAACAAGGAAAAUUUAUCGAAAGUGCUACUUUCUCUGGAAAUAUGUAUGGUACUUCAAUCAAGGCUAUUGAAGACGUUGUUGCUCAAGGAAAGGUCUGCAUGCUUGAUAUUGAUAUGCAAGGUGUGCAAUCUGUCAAGAAGACUCAAUUGAACCCCAAAUACAUAUUUGUUCAACCUCCUUCUGUUGAGAUUUUGGAACAACGUCUUCGUGGACGUGGAACUGAGAAGGAAGAAGCUGUCUUGGCUCGUUUGAAUGCUGCAAAGAAGGAAUUAGAGUAUGGCGCUACUCCUGGUGCUUAUGAUCAUGUCAUCAUCAAUGAUGAUUUAGAAACUGCUUACAAUAAUUUGAAGAAGGCUAUUUUUGUUGAAUAAGACACACAUAUAUAUUUACAUACACGCUUUAGAAGAUUCUCUUACAUUCAUUACCAUUUCUUAGAAUAAAUCAUGAUAAUACAUA